AUGAUCACAGAGAGCUACUUUGCCUCAAUAUCGGGCCCACCGCUGGCCAACAACACAGCUAUCGCUCGAGACGCGGGCAUCUACGAGCACACUCUGCAUCCCAACCACUCUACCACUGCCGUCCUCAAGAAGAGCUCCGUGCCGCGCAAUGCCCUGGCUGCCAGCCCAACACAUGUAUUUGCCGCGCAAGACGACAAGUCCACAGUCCAUGUCUACGCCAGGCCAAAGGGCUCCCAGGAAGCCAUCGUCACAUUUUCGGAGCGCAUCCGGGCGGUCGCCCUUCAGGACGACGUGCUCUUCCUCGGCACGCAAGAAGGCCGCCUGAUUGCCUGGGAGACAUGUACCGGCCGCCAAGUAAGCACACCAGCCUGCCACGUCCAGGCCAUCUCGUGCAUAGCCACGACCCCAUUCCACAUCAUCACCGGGUCGGACGACUCGAACCUCAACGUCUGGGCCCUCCCGCGGCUGCUGGAGCUCGGCUCGACGGCAGAGCACGAGCCCGAGCGGUCCCUCGCCGACCACCGGGCCGCCAUCACCUCCGUGGCAGUCACCACCAGCAUCAACCCGGAUACGUCCCUGUGCGUGUCCGCAAGCAAGGACAAGUCGUGCGUCAUAUGGAACUACACGUCCGGCACCGCGCUGCGCACCAUCCUCCUCCCCUCCCACCCGCUUUGCAUCGCCCUCGACCCUUGCGCGCGCGCUGUCUACGCCUCCACGGAAGACGGCUCCCUGUACGCGGUCGAGCUCUUUGACGACAAGGCCCUCAUCGGCCCGCGCAGCGACGAGGACAGCUCCAUGGCCGUCCAGGUCUCGGCGGCCUUUGGCGCCGUCAGCCCGACCGAGGUCGGCCCCGCCAGCUGCCUGGCCGUCAGCUACGACGGCACCGUGUUGCUCUCCGGCCAUCCCCGGGGACAGAUCCUGCGGUGGGACCUGAGCACCCGCACCGACUCGACCGAGCUGGCGAACCUGAACGCCGCGGUCACGAACCUCGUCUUCACACCGGCUCUCCCAGAGGCGGCCGGGCCUGGCCGGCGCACGGCGGCCGCGACGGUCGUCAAGCCAUUCAUGGGCAGCAGGACAUACAACUAUACCGCGCAGCUCGAGUCAGACAUGUGCGAGGACGAAGGGCAAUCGCCCACGGCAUUCAGCAAGAUGCUCACCACGAAGGGGUUGCCUAGGGACUUUCUCGAGGUCGGCAUCAUGGCAUUCCAGCAGCAGCAGCAGCAGCAGCCAUCGACAGUGAUACCUGAAAGUACUGCUGCUGGCGGCAGUGAACUCGAGGAGCUGCGCAAAGAGAACGCGGCGCUGCGUGAGGUCAUCGCCGAGCAGCGCGCUCUGCAAAAGAAAACCCUUGAGAAGUACCUUGGCUCGCAGUCCAAAUAG